GGCCCCCGAAUAAGGGUGCGUCCGGCAGCGGUCCGCGCGGGUUGCAGCAGGCUCACCUGCCGCAGGUGCUUCAGGCGGACCUGGACGAGCGAGCGCUGGCGCUGCGGGAAAGAUGCUGCGCGAUCGGACCGUGCGGCUGCUGUACGGGAGCCGUGUCAAGGCGGUGUACGUGCUGGGCACGCACCUCUGGAUCGACGUCUACAGUGCCGCCCCAGCCGGGGCCCAGACCUUCAGCCUGAAGCACUCGGAGCUCGUGCAGGUGGAGGUGGUGUGCGACGGGGAGGCCGAGGAGGUGGUCACCAACGGGAAGCAGCGCUGGCCUCUCUCGCCCAGCACCACACUUCGGCUGACCAUGAGUGAGGCGAGCACCGAGGCCAGCAGCGACAAGGUCACCGUCAACUACUAUGAAGAGGAGGGGAACGCCCCCAUCAACCAGGCUGGGCUCUUCCUGACAGCCAUUGAGAUCUCCCUGGAUGUGGACGCAGACCGGGACGGCGUGGUGGAGAAGAACAACCCAAAGAAGGCGUCCUGGACCUGGGGCCCCGAGGGCCAGGGGGCCAUCCUGCUGGUGAACUGUGACCGAGAAACGCCCUGGCUGCCCAAGGAAGACCUCAGGGACGAGAAGGUCUACAGCAAAGAAGACCUCAAAGAUAUGUCCCAGAUGAUCCUACGGACCAAAGGCCCGGACCGCCUCCCCGCGGGAUACGAGAUCGUCCUCUACAUUAGCAUGUCAGACUCGGACAAAGUGGGCGUGUUCUACGUGGACAACCCGUUCUUCGGCCAGCGCUACAUGCACAUCCUGGGCCGGCAGAAGCUCUACCACGUGGUCAAGUACACGGGCGGCUCCGCGGAGCUGCUGUUCUUCGUGGAAGGCCUGCGCUUCCCCGACGAGGGCUUCCCGGGCCUGGUCUCCAUCCACGUCAGCCUGCUGGAGUAUAUGGCCGAGGAGAUUCCCCUGACGCCCAUCUUCACGGACACCGUGGUCUUCCGGAUUGCUCCGUGGAUCAUGACCCCCAACAUCCUGCCUCCCGUGUCCGUGUAUGUGUGCUGCAUGAAGGACAACUACCUGUUCCUGAAAGAGGUGAAGAGCCUAGUGGAGAAAACCAACUGCGACCUGAAGGUCUGCUUCCAGUACAUCAACCGAGGGGACCGCUGGAUCCAGGACGAAAUCGAGUUUGGCUACAUCGAGGCCCCCCACAAAGGCUUCCCCGUGGUGCUGGACUCCCCCCGAGACGGAAACCUGAAGGACUUCCCGGUGAAGCAGCUGCUGGGCCCAGAUUUCGGCUACGUGACCCGGGAACCCCUCUUUGAGCCUGUCACCAGCCUUGAUUCCUUUGGGAACCUGGAAGUCAGUCCCCCAGUGACCGUGAAUGGCAAGACAUACCCGUUGGGCCGGAUCCUCAUCGGGAGCAGCUUUCCACUGUCCGGAGGUCGCAGGAUGACCAAGGUGGUGCGGGACUUCCUGCAGGCCCAGCAGGUGCAGGCGCCCAUAGAGCUCUACUCGGACUGGCUGACCGUGGGCCACGUGGACGAGUUCAUGACCUUCAUCCCCAUCCCGGGCACAAAGCAAUUCCGGAUGCUCAUGGCCAGCACCUCGGCCUGCUACCAGCUCUUCCGAGAGAAGCAAAAGGAAGGCCAUGGCGAGGCCAUCAUGUUUAAAGGCUUGGCCGGGAUGAGCAACAAGCGGAUCACCAUCAACAAGAUUCUGUCCAAUGAGAGCCUCGUGCAGGAGAACCAGUACUUCCAGCGCUGCCUGGACUGGAACCGUGACAUCCUCAAGAAGGAGCUGGGGCUGACGGAGCAGGACAUCAUCGACCUGCCCGCUCUGUUUAAGAUGGACGAGGGCCGCCAGGCCAGAGCCUACUUCCCGAACAUGGUGAACAUGAUCGUGCUGGACAAGGACCUGGGCAUCCCCAAGCCCUUCGGGCCGCAGGUGGAGGACGUGUGCUGCCUGGAGACGCACGUGCGCUCCCUGCUGGAGCCCCUGGGCCUCUGCUGCACCUUCAUCGACGACAUCUCCGCCUACCACAAGUUCCUGGGCGAGGUGCACUGCGGCACCAACGUGCGCCGGAAGCCCUUCCCCUUCAAGUGGUGGCACAUGGUGCCCUGACCCGCGGGGCUGCCGCGUGCCGGUGUCCGCCUGCCGAGACUGCGCUGUGGCUCGGCCAGCGCCGUGGCUCUUGGGACUGCGAGAAGCCUUUCCGCGAUGACCACCGAGAACUUGCAAAAAAACAAAACCAAGAAAGUGUGUGACUCCCAGGACCUGGAAAUUACAAAGCUCACGGGGGCCACACAGCGAGGUCGCGGGGAGAGAGAGAACGCCUGGGCCUGGGGUUUUCUGCUUUUAUUGGGGUCAAGGGUGGGGGCCUAGGUUCCCCGGGCUUACCCUUUAUGGGCAAAUUUGAAACACAAGAGGGGGAUUUUAAAGCAUGGAAGAGGGGAAAAUAGGCUCCCCACAUGGUCAGCCAUCAAACUCAACCCAGAGCUCGACCACGAAGGAGACCUCUACAGCGAAGGAGCCUGCGGGGAAGGGUCAGGUGUGGGGCUGGCAGUGAGAUUCUUUGAGAAAGCCAUCUGGGAGGUGGACGCUUCAGCCAGGUGCAUGCAUUAUAAAAAAGAAAAAAGAAAACCCAGCUCUCAGGGCUGCAUUAUAGGGGACUUGUCACUUCCCUGCUUUCCUGAGCUCUCCCCUGGGGCUUCCGCCUGCCUGACCGGAUACAUGGGGAGACCUUCAGGAAUUGAGGAUGGAUUUGGGGUAUCUGCCUUGCCUUUCCUCAAAGACCCUCAGCGUCCACUGAAGUCACCCCCAAUGAGCCUCAGCUCUGUCCCCCCUGAAAACUAGCUGAGCAUUUGGUCAGUAGCAGUAUGGCCCUGACGUGAAAAGCAAAACGAAACCUCAUACGCCCAAAUCAUUCCCCCAAAGAAGCCUUGGUCUCCUGCCCAAAACUGAAUGAAGGUGAAGGGAAGGAGGUUCUGGGCUCGCCAGUUCUCCUGGUAGCCAUGCCCCGAAGGUCAAGGUAGAUCACGUGGAAAGGGACCCUGGGACCCUGGUGUACCUUGACCUGCUAUCCUUUCAAACUCACCUCCUUUGGGGUUGCAGGUGGUUUCCCCAGCCAUUCACUCCUUCCCAGCCCCUCCCCCUUGGGUUUCUCUCUGCAGUGUUGACGCCACGGCUAGCCUCCCCGUUCCCUGAGGGUCCAAUAAUGUCGCUUAGAGCCUCCCCUGGAAGCAGACUUAUCAGAGCAGCCGUCUCCGUUUCGGAGACGUUCCUUACGCCUCAUCUGUCUCACGGACACAGGCUCUCCCAGAUGCUCGGGGGUCUCUCCCCAGACCUGCACCCUUGUGGCCUGAGAAUUCAGUGCGCAAAGAGGCCCUGGGGCCAGCCACACCCAUCUUCUCUUGCCCGGGUCUCAGUUCCAGGGCCAGUCUCUAGCCCCCCUCCUCUCACAGGGCCUCUGCUUCCUAUUCCGGACACCGGCCCCUCAGGCUGCUAGGGAAGGGGUCCGGGCUUCUUCAUCACUCAGACUCUCCCCCGGGAUAUAACUAAAGGCCUCCUGCCCAGGCAUUAGACCCAACAGGAAGGACCUGACCUAGCCUCCAGCCAGAACAGCUGAGCCUGGGCUAGCCACUGGCCUUAGGGAUGGACUGGUCAUCCCAUGGAAGUGCACCAGCGAGUCUGCUGGAGGCCCUCUCCUUGGAGCCUGACCGACUGAAAAGCCCCAAUUCCAACUAACAAAAGCUCCUUCAGGGCCAGCCGAUGUCAGGAGAAUAAAUGAAUCCCAAUUCCAUGUUGAAGGUCAAAACAAACCGAUUUAUAACCAGUGAAAAGAUGAUGACAUUGUAUUCUCGGGAGAAAGGGAUUUUCUUCCCAGGUUAUUUCAUUCAGUCAUUGCAUAAACAUUUGUUGUGUGCCUACUAAGUGCCAGGCACAGUGCUGGCUUCUGAGGACUCUGUGGUUAGCACCAAGCUGGACACGAGGUCCCCACCUCGUGGAGCCCCUCAGUUCCCAACGUGCCACGCACACACUUAAAUGACCAGCAUUCACCCCUUCACGCAGUGCCCUUUAGAAGUGCCAGGCUGCUGUGCCCAGAAAAUGCGCAGGUCACGGCACCGUCUGCAGUCACGGUCUCAGUGAAACGGGAGGCAGAGGGUCUUUAUCAAACAGACCUCCUUCCCGUCCAGCUGGGCCCGGACCACCCACCAGAUCAGACCCCAGAGCCUUCAGGACAUGCUGUGCCCGCCCCCACGGGGACAGUGGCCCCUGCCUCAGGGGCACAAAGCCCCAGAUCUUCUCUCCAACCCCAGAGCUGGAGACACCAAGUGCCUAUUUGAGGGUGUUUUUCUGGAGACUUCGAGUUUGGCGUGUGUGUGUGUGUGUGUGUGUGUGUGUUUGGUUGAUGUGGGUAUUCGGGCUUGCUCUCAUUUUUUUCUGGUCUAUCUUAAGGGGAAGUGAGUACCUCCCAUGUGGAGAGGGUGUGUGUUUAUAGAGUUUUCUAAAGCUCCCCCCAUCGAUAAGUCAGUAAUUCCUGGUGACGCCGGAACCGUUAGGGCUCAGAUACCUGCUCCCAUCUGUUCGCCCGCCUGUGCGGCUGCCCGCGGUGUGGACCCCCCUCUGCCCCAGCACCGUGGACUCACUGCUCUUCCUCACCCCCUCCCACCACUUCCUAUAAAUGUAGGCCUAGAAUAUACUCUGUGUUGCAAAACUCA